AUGCCCUGGCGCCCUCUGCCCCGGAUUGCCUUCGCAGUCGCGACCUACCCCUUCGUGGCCUCCAGCCCCGCCGACCUGCCGCUCGAACUCGGAGACGAACUAUACAUUAUUGAGGAGGGCGGCUACAAUGGUGAAUGGCUACGUGGAUACUUGGUGGCGCCCCCCAGUCUCCUGGCUGGCCUGACCAGCAUCAAAGGACAGACUUUGGAAGCGCGGGUCUUCUCGGGCAUUUUCCCCGCGUCGUGCGUGGAGGUGCGGGAGGUGCUGGGAGACGGCGAUGAGGAGAGCGAGGACGACGGACAUGGGCAGGAUGGGGAGGUGACUGCGGCCCAGAGAGGGAGCCUCGACGGGGACUCUAGCUCUAGGAAUACUCCCACGCCCCUCCUACAGCGCGGGAGCCGACGCGGCUCGGUCAAGAGCACCAAUAGCAAGAUUUCCAAACCCUCGAGAGGUAAGAGGAGGAGUCUGGCAAAUGGGACCUCCGCCCUGAUCGCGAAGCGGGAUCCCAAUGCGCCGAGACCGCCAGCGCCAGUGCCGAUGCUGAAGAUUGGUGAUGAGACCCCGACGUCUGCUUCCGAGCCCCUGGUUGACGAGAUUGCGAGCUGUCUGCGCGAGUGGCAUUCUGCGAAGCUACACGAGCUCCUCCUGAGUCGGCAAUACUCGCGGUUAGAUAAAAUGUCAAGUUUAGUGAACGUACUUGAUCUCGCGCGGCGGCAGCUCUUGCAUAAUGUCCUGACAACGCAGGAGAUGGGACUAUUGAGGGAGAAGACCGUAUGGGAUCUGGUACGCGGGAACAAGCUGUUUAAUGGGGAGGUCAUUGUGCGCGAUCCUGCGCAGCGGGGGAGGGUUCUCACGGCGGAGGAUUCAGCAGUUGAGAUCACACGGUUACAAUCUAUGAUGAGUCUUUUGGACGAGCGACCACAACCACCGGUCCAUGAGAAGCUGACGCUUUAUCACCUGCUCAUUGAUGUCAAGACCUUCGUCGGAGCGAGCUCAGACCCCACGACCCUGGUCUUCUUUCUUGCUACGAAAGCUCCUGGAGCCCCAGCAAAGGCGAUAUCAGAAAGCUAUAUUGUAGAGGUUCCUCCCAAUGGUGCCCUGACGGGCUUUGCCAGUGCAAGCUCGAUGAAGACCUUAUUCACGGACCUAGCUGCGGCGGACAUCGGGGAGGCACCAUCUGCUGACAAUGAAUUAUAUCUGGUUUUAAAGGUCCGGUCAGCGCAGCAGCUCACGGCUGGCAAGCCUACUUCACGUGGCGGUGGAACUUCGAAUGGUGAGAAUCCCCAAACGUCGGGUGGGAGCAGCAGGUCAGGACGGAGAAGUAUAAUGUGGGGCCAAAACUCGAAACGAUCAGCUUUCUCUAGGAACGCACCAUCUUCGUCCAGGGUCAAUACGGUAUCGGAGACAUCCAAUGAUAGCAACAGCGAGAAUCAGGAUGGCCCUCCAAGUACCGCUGGAUCGAGAGGUUCGUCUUCACAAGAAUCCAAACCUGGAACUGUGAGCCGGACAGUAAACAGAACUGUGGGUGUUGGGGUUCUAAAACUGAAUUCUAUCAUGAAACAAGGAGAAGAAGUGGAGCAACUUAUGUCCAUUUGGUCGCCAGCCGGAUCCGGCGAGAAGAAAGAUCAGGGGGGUGACGGCUGGGACGAAGUCAUCCGGGAUCUCAGUGAUACCAAGUCCGAUUACUAUGAGAGAGCCCGAAGGGCCGAACGGUUGCAGGUCCACCUGAAGGCAUUUGAAAACCCCGAUGCAGACGCCUUGAUCAAGGCAACUCCUACUCUACUUUCAGACGUUUCCCAGACGAGUAAGAUGGGCUUUUCAGGCGCUCCAACCAAACCAAGAUCAGACAUCUACGUAACAAUCGACGAAGCUUUCCUCCCUCGCCAGGCACUCCUGUCUCGCUCUUCAGGCAGCGCAACAGCACUCUCACCCACUUUGACCUGCUCGAAUCUCCAAGUAACCCUCGAAGUGCGCCGCGCAAACGGGGACCGGAUCGAGGGCUGCAUAUUCGCCUCGUCCAAUGGCGAUGCCGAGAGUUCUUGGGAAUCAACUGCAGCCGCACGAGGUGAUGCAUGGAAUCAAGUUCUUCGUCUAUCUAUCCACUCUAAUGAUGUCCCUGGCUGCCAUCUUGUGAUGGUCAUUUCUGAUGCGCCGUAUCAGCCGUUUGCAAUCUGUUAUAUGCCGCUUUGGGACCAGGGCGCUUUUAUGAGGGAUGGCCAUCAUUCGCUUCUUUUGUACAAAUACGAUGAGACUACCAUGAUCCCCAAGUUAAAUACGCAAGGUAAAGGGGGAUAUCUGAAUCUUGGGUGGAACGCCAGGGGUAAAGAUGAUGUGAGCAAGGACGAGGCUGUCACGGGACCGAUUGCGACCCUGAGGGUGCAGACAUACCUCUGCAGCACCAAAUUUUCUCAGGAUAAGGUUCUGCUGGGCUUACUGAAAUGGAAAGAGGAGCCGCCUGGAGAUGUGCAGGAGUUACUGAAACGACUGGUCUUUGUUCCGGAGAUCGAGGUUGUGAAACUGCUCAACGAUGUGUUCGAUGCCAUCUUCGGAAUCCUGGUUGAGAAUACAGGAAACGAUGAUCUCGAAGAUCUUAUAUUCAGCGCUCUAGUCACAGUCCUGGGUAUUGUGCACGACCGAAGAUUCAACCUAGGACCUUUGGUAGAUCAAUACGCCGAGAACAAGUUCAACUACCCAUUUGCAACACCCUGCCUAGUCAGGUCCUUCUCUCGCCUCCUAGCAAAACCUUCCGAACCAGAAACCUCCCGUCAAUUACGUGCAACUUUCAAAGUCGUUCGCCACAUUCUCAAAUUUAUCACUCACGCCAGAGAUCAGCAAAAGGUAAAAGAGGCCGGAAUCGGUAUUACAAGCACAUCGCCAGGCUUUAAGCGGCACCUGCGUUCUAUCUUCAAAGAUCUCGAUGCACUGAUGCGGAGUACCGCACCUAUUCUGGUUGGGAGUCAGACACUGGCCGUUCAACAUUUUCACACUUGGCUCCCUGAACUCACGGGCUUGCUGAGCGUGGAUGAAAUUUUGCAUAUCGCAAUUGAUUUUAUGGAUUCAUGUGCGCUAGUUAAGGGCAAGCUGGUCUUGUAUAAGCUUGUUCUCAUCAUCAACGUUUCUAAGCUGAGCCUGUUCUCGCAACCUGUGCAGAGAGCUGCCCUGAUCGCGAAUACAGUUCGUUGGAUUGCGCCCCACUGGGGCAAGACUAUGGAGGUUACCGAGCAGUGGAGGGAACAGGUUCGGCUCUGUUGUUCCAUCUUGUCAACUCAGAUCAAUGAUCUUGGAGCGGAGAUUCCAAAAUAUAUCCCAGCGAUCGUUGAUUCAUAUAUUUCACUUCAGGGUCCACCCAAGACGCCGAAGACGCGGCUAUCAUUACUUUUCCCUACAACGUACCCAUUUCCAACCAAGCCACUCUCAAAAGAGGCCGAGUUUGACGAGGCGCUCUUUGAACUUUCUGCUAUCCUCUCGGCGGUAUCGACGCGACCAACAGGCAUGCAACUGGAUCUUGCAGAGGAGGAGAUGGCUAAUCUACUUGAAGAUAUGCUCCAUGUCCACCUCAGUAUUCUCGAAUGCCAAGCCUUUCCUGCAGACUGGCUAAGUGUACACAUCUACCACCACAAAUCGACAAUGAAGGCGCUGCAAUAUAUCGCCGGCAUCCUGAUCAAAUUCUUCGUGCCAGAACCAGACGAUGCAGAACAGUACAAUACCGAGCUUUGGAAAGUUUUCUUCACUGUCCUGCUGAAGCUCGUCGGUAGUGAUGCUCUCGCGCUCGAGACCUUCCCUGAGCAGAAACGCCGCGCUGUCUGGAAAAUCGCUGGUGAUGUCCGUGAACAUGGCGCCGAGCUUUUGAGAAAGACCUGGGAGACUAUCGGAUGGGAAACUAGCGCUGAGGAGCGCCAGAGGUACGGCUUGGCCAAGAUGGGUGGUUACCAAGUUCAGUAUGUUCCUGGUCUGGUGCGACCAAUCGUCGAGCUCUGCCUCAGCGUACACGAAGGCCUUCGAGGGGUCGCCGUUGAAGUUCUUCAGACUAUGAUCGUCAGCGAGUGGACGUUGAGCGAGGAUCUUUCCGUCCUCCAAACGGAGUUGAUCGACUGUCUGGAUAGUCUAUUCAAAUCGAAGCCGUUGACCGAGAGCAUACUUCAGAAGCUGUUCAUCAGCGAGCUACUAGGUCGCUUCGAACUAUUGGCUGAGAUUCCAGAUGAUCCACUGUACGCUGCUCUCCGGGAGUUGAUUGCCACCAUCGACGAGUUCUUAGAUCUUCUCGUGGCGGUCCACAGUACGGAUGUCACCGGGGAAGCUUCACACAUGAUUCAUCGGCUGCGGUUGAUGGAGUUCUUGAGAGAUAUGCAGAAGGAAGAGAUCUUCAUCCGAUACGUCCAUCAACUUGCUGAACUGCAAGCAAACGCCAGGAAUCCUACCGAAGCAGGUCUCGCAUUGCGUCUGCACGCUGAUCUGUAUGACUGGGACCCAACGAACAUCGCCCCUCCUCUCACAGACCCGGUGUACCCAGCCCAGUCACAUUUCGAUCGCAAGGAACGAAUCUACUUUGAUAUGAUCAAAUAUUUCGAAGAAGGUGAAGCUUGGAGUAGUGCCCUGGAAGCGUAUCAGGAGUUGCAAAUCCAAUAUCAAGAAAACGUCUUUGAUUUUCCCAAGCUAGCCAGGACUCAGCGCGCUAUCGCCACAAUAUAUGAGACGAUUGCGAAGAGUGACAAGCUGGUACCAAAAUACUUCCGCGUUACAUACAAAGGCAUGGGUUUCCCACCCAGUCUCAGGGACAAGGAAUUUGUCUUCGAAGGCUCACCCACGGAGAGAACAUCGGCAUUCACAGACCGCAUGCAAGAACAGCACCCCUCAGCGCAGAUCGUCACCAACCAUGGCGAGGUAGAAGACGUCGAAGGCCAGUUCCUCCAGAUAUCCUCCCUUAUGCCACACCGCGAUUUGGAACACCACGUUUUCCAACGAGCCCGUGUCCCACAGGUCGUUCGAGAUUACCUCAUAUCCACGAACCCUCAGUAUUUCUCCGUAACCACCAAACGCCAUACCUCCGGCCCAGCGCAUGCUCACAGCGCCGAGAAGGUAGUCUACACUACGGCCGAUACCUUCCCCACUAUCCUUCGGCGCUCGGAAAUCGUCUCCACCACGCGUAUCCAGCUUAACGCUCUACAGACUGCCGUCGAGCGUGUAAUCCGCAAGACGCAAGAGAUGGCCGUCGUUGAGAAGCGGCUUGUGGAGGGAGAGGAAGAUAUGGCGCCGCUGCUGAUCGAGGCGUUGAGCAUCUCCGUGAAUCCAAAUUCCGACUCGAGCGUGGUGAAGUAUAGGGACUUGCUACCCACGAAGGUCGAUGAGGACGACGAGGUGGAACUUUCACCCCUGGAGAACGCACUCAAGAUUGCGCUCAUUGACCACGCCGUUCUCAUCAAGAGAUGCCUGAACUGGUUCUCGAGAUCCGCCAACCCCGGCAUGCAAGGGGUGAUGAAGGAAUCCCGUGAGGAACUGCAGCAGAAUUUUGAAUCCACCUUUGCUCCCGAACUCGCCUCCUUCAUCUUCCCGCAGCCCGCGCAGCGCGCCUCCCCCGCCGCCCCCUCCUGGUCCAUCGCGUCCCCCGUCCAAGACCGCGUCACCAGCCCUCAAAUCCCGACCUCCAUGACCAACGGAACCAUUGCCACGACCGACACCUCAAUCCUCGACCCGCCCGCCGCAGCCCGGCAGAAGCGCCAGUCCACGCGACUCUCCUUCCUCAAGCGCCCCCCGCCGCUUGAACCCGUCUCGCGCGAGAAGAGUAACGGAUCCAUCUCCCACCGCAGGUCCGAGACAGGCAGCUCCUUCCGCAGCGGCACGAACACAAACGUGAGCGUCAGCCAGCCUCUCGCGGAGAAAGAAGAGGAAGACACGGAAUGGGUCACCAGCAGUGACCUCUCGGCCCCUAGCGCGCCGCGCGGUAGACGCAGCAGCAGCUCGAAACGCGAUCCAAAUGGCACGAGCGCGCGUGACUCAACAAGUGUAGGCUCGCGCGUGGGCAGCGUCCGGCGGAGACUGAGCAGGCUGAAGCUCGGUAAGAAGAGCAGUAAACCUAAUGUGAGGGUGGGGAGCGUGGCAGAGGAGGAUGAAUAGGCGCUGCUCUCCUCUAUUCUUACAUCCGCGGGUCCUCGGGAGACGGAGCUACCCAUAAUAAUCAACUCCGCGUUGGAGUACGCACUCUUUGAAUUUCCUUUCUGCACGUCUGUCUGUCUGUCUAGCGCUGGUGUUUUGAUAUUCCUUCGGGCUUAGGUAUAUACCCGGAUCCUCUCUCUCUUUUCCCCGUUUCUUGUGUGUGGGAGGGGGUGGAGAGGGCUGAGAUUCUGUAAUUUGUAAUUUUCUUGUAUGCAUGUAGCUAUGUAUGUAUGUAGGCUGGGUGGAUGGAUAUCGGGGG